AUUUUGGUGAUAGUGUAUAUACGUACGAACGAAGAACUUUUGAAAAAAAGACGUAUAGUGUAAAUCAAUACUCGUGAAUAAACACAGUAUAAUUGUGUAGUCAAAGGUGCGCCGAAUGUGCUACGAUUCGGUUCUUAAAUGUGGAAGCUUGAUGCUUGUGGAUAAACUGUUGACCUACUUUCCAGUGAUGAUUGUCGGGCUUAACACACGGCCGACAAAUUCAAAUUCCUUUUGAGUCUUUUUUCCUUAAUUUCCUCGAGAAAAUUCUGUCUUGAGAGUUGUUGAAGUAAAAAGUUCUUGGGCUCAGACAAAUGCUUGAAAAUAAUGAUGGGUUUGUAAGGAUUUAGCGCUCGUUGAAACAUCAAAGCCAGCUUGUAUUAUGUUGCAGGUUUUUGAGAUAUGAAUAUGAACGGAAAAAAUAUCGACAGUAUUGAAGGGCUCGAUGAACUAAUCCCAUCAGUACAUGCAGUGGCUGCAGUGGGCAUAAGUGCAAGUAAGAAAAGCAAAUAUGUUCUCAGUUGGGCACUGGAAAAAUUUGUUCCGGAAGGUUACGUUUAUUUCAAGCUGGUUCACGUCCAUCCGGUGAUUUCGAGAAUUCCAACUCCUACUACAGUGGGAAACUACAUUCCGAUUUCUCAAGUUCGAGAUGACAUAGCAGCUGCUUUCAAAAAGGAGAUGGAGACUCAAAUAACUGAAAAACUUCUUCCUUACAAAAAAAUGUGUAGUCAAAGAAAGGUGCAAGUGGAAAUCGUACAAAUAGAGUCAGAUGAUGUGGGAACUGCAAUAUCUGGCUAUAUUCAAAAGCAUAAAAUCAAUAAACUUGUUAUUGGUACUUCGUCUCGCAGUAUGUUCUCAAGGGCACAAAUGUUGUCUUCAAAAAUAUCAGAAUGCUGCCCAGCCUUUUGUAGUGUGUACGCUGUUUCUAAAGGAAAAUUAUCAUCAAUGAAGCCGUCAGAUUCCGAAACAAACCGAGGCUAUGAAGAUGACAGUAGUGAAACAAGUUGUUCCUCUGAUAAUUCUUCAAGCCUUACCCUCAGCUCGCAAGCAGAAUGGACGGUUAAAGACUCGUUCUCCAAGUUGCGUUCUGCUUCACUGCCAGAACAGCGUUUUCAAGCUCUCUCGGCCAUAAACCAUACGCUUCUUCGUAAAAGAAUUGCUUCAAAUAUAAUUAUGCAUCCUAAAAGUUCAUUAGUCGACAAUAGCUCAGAUGUAAGCCAUGCAACUAAACAGACUCUUAGCGUGGCAAGAUCCAGAACACUCAAUGCUUCAUAUCAAAUUUCAAAUUCUGGUACUUUACCUGAGAAUAAGGCUAAUAUCAAUCUUGAGCUCGAAAAAUUGAGAACUGAACUCACACAUAUUCGAGGAAUGUAUGCAGUGGCCCAAGGCGAGGCAAUUGAAGCCUCUAGGAAGCUUAGCGAACUCGAAAAACGCCGUGUGGAGGAGGAAAUUAAUCUCAAUGAGAUAAGCUUAAAGGAGGAAGAAGCGAAAGAGCUGGCCAGACAGGAAAAAAGGAGAUACGAAGAUGCCAAAAAGGAAGCCGAAUUCAUCAAGGAAUGUGCCGAAAGAGAAGCUGCAGAAAGAAAAGAAGCUGAGAUGAGAGCGUCCCGUGAGACCAAUGAGAAAGAAAAACUCGAGAGUGCCUUGAAUGGCAGUUUCAAUCAGUACCGUCCAUUUACGUGGAAAGAAAUUGUGUCCGCCACGUCAUCCUUUUCUGAUAGUCUUAAAAUCGGGAUGGGAGCGUAUGGGACUGUGUACAAAUGCAGCUUUCAGCAUACGACAGCUGCUGCAAAAAUUCUGCAUGCCAAGGAAGCUAGCAGGAACAAGCAGUUUCGGCAGGAGCUGGAGAUCUUGAGCAAGAUCCGCCACCCGCACCUUCUAAUCCUCCUCGGCGCCUGCCCCGAACACAGCUGCCUCGUGUACGAGUUCAUGGAAAACGGCAGCCUCGAGGACAGAAUCUUCCGGAAGAACUCCACUCCCCCACUCCCAUGGCCCGACCGCUUUCGAAUCGCCCACGAGGUGGCCUCUGCACUCGUCUUCCUCCACGAGGCCAAGCCCAAAUCCAUCAUCCACCGAGACCUCAAGCCCGCGAACAUAUUACUCGACCGAAACCUCGUCAGCAAAAUCGGUGACGUGGGCCUCUCCACAAUGGUCAGCCGGGACCCACUCUCACUUCCCGCCACUUACAGCGAAAAUGGCUUAGUCGGCACAUUGUGCUAUAUCGACCCUGAAUACCAGAGAACAGGCGUAAUUUCGCCUAAAUCCGAUGUGUAUGCGUUUGGAAUGGUUGUUUUGCAGCUGCUGACCGGAAAACCGGCGAUUGCUCUGACUCACGCGGUGGAGAGUGCGGUGGAAGAGGGCUGUUUGACGGAGGUGCUCGACUGGGAAGGCGGCCGGUGGCCGGAGGAGGAGACGAGAGAGUUGGUGGUGUUGGGGUUGAAGUGCACAGAGAUGAGGCAGAGGGAUAGGCCGGAGUUAAGGGAAGAGGUUUUGCCGGUUUUGGAGAGGUUGAGAGAGUUUGCGGAGAAGGCUCGGGAUUUGGGGUCGGAGGUAAUGGAUGACCCGUGUGUUGCUGGGGAUGGGUAUACUUACGAUCGCUGGGCAAUAGAGACAUGGCUUAAGGAGAAAGAUAUUUCGCCCGUGACUGGAUUACCAUUGCCACACAAAUACCUUACGCCGAAUUACACACUUCUAUCUGCCAUUAUAGAGUGGAAAUCUGGAAAACAAACAUGAUUUUUUUUUCUUGUAUUUAUGGGGUUCUUUUUUUUCUUGCUUUAUGAAUUUUCUUCUUAGUUUUGAAAUGAAGCAUCAGUCUUACAUGCUUCAAGUGUAUGAAAUAGAUAGAUUAGUUAAUAGUUAUACAACAGCUUCUUCAAUACACAACACACACACAUACACACACCAAGAGUUGGUCAGACUUAUGUACUUAAAAUGUAAUGUCCAAUCAAAUAUUGUUAGAGUUGAGAAUGUUAUGAGCUGCAAGUGUGAUUAAUGAAUCUUUCUCCUUCUCUCUGCCUGAAUCUAUAUUUUCC